AUUUGGUUGGUCAUCCGUUUUUAAGUUCCAAGGUAGAAUACGUUGAAGCUACCACUACAUUAGAGCUAUGUCAGAGAGAUUUAGAAGUUAUUGAUGUUAAAGAUUCGAAUACCGUUGGUGAACUUAAGCUUAAGCUGAAUGUACUAGGCAAGUCUAUGUCAGGGUAUUCGGAUGCAGGAUUUCCGAUUGUAGAUGAUUCAAUAUUAGUUGGAUAUAUAGCGUCAAAUGAACUAGAACAUGCAAUAAACUCGUUGCAUAGUUCAGAUGAUACUAUAAGAUGUUAUUUUAAAGAACCUCCACUUGAUUUAGAAUCUAUUGAUUUUACUGCUUACACGGAUCAGGCUCCAUUAACAAUUUCGAAAAAUGCUUCAUUAGAAGUUGUUUUGGAGAUGUUUAAGAAGUUGGGAUUAAGAUAUCUUAUUGUAGUAAAUUGUGGACAGUAUGUUGGUGUUAUACAUAAAAAGAGAUUGUUGGCGUAUUUAAGGCAGAUGGAAGGUAAAAAAGAGGGUAAUAUUAUUCGAGAAUAA